AUGGCACCCGCUAAGAAAAAGUCCAAGGUCACUUCUCUCACCAAGAGGGCCUUUGAAAAAAUUUGUAGCGCCCUCGAAAAGUCCAUUCUCGAAGAGGAAGAAUCUGCCAACUUCGUCUGCGCCGGCGUCAUUCCCGUCACCAAGACCGGUACAACUAAUAGGCAAGCUGGUUCAUCUUCGAGUCCGAUCAGGAUCUUCUGGGAAAGGCAGAAUCAGAGCAACCUCGCGAUCCUUCCAAUCGACACCCCAUACCUCGGCCCCUGUUCCAGUGAUGUGGUCCUGGGCCAGCUGGUCGCUGAUUGCGAGGCUGCUAGCUUUGGCAGACGGGGUGAAGAGGUUAUGGAUCCUGCGUAUCGCAAGGUUGGCAAACUUGAUCCCCAUCGAUUCGCGACGAUUUUCCACCCCGCGGAAUUUGCGAUCUUCGAUGAGAUUGAGAAGUUUCUUGCUCCCCAGCUGAAGAUUUGGGAUAACGAUCCUCUGGCUCGUCGUCGGAUCCGUGCAGAGCUCUACAAGCUGAACUCCCACUGGCCUCUUCCAAGCCACGUUGAUACCCCUCGCUCGAAGAACCAGAUUGGCUCGUUGGUUGUGUGCCUCCCAUCGACCGAAGGCGGAGACCUGGCUGUCCGACACAACGGUAGAGAGAGACUCCUCUUAUGGGCGGAAAAGAGUACAAACUCAGUUCAGUGGGCGGCGUUUUACAGUGAUUGCGAACACGAGAUCAAGUCAAUCAGCAGUGGCUAUCGGCUCACACUGACCUACAAUCUCUACAUUUACGAGCCGCUCGAGAAAUUGCAGGUCAUCUCUCCCACCGAGUUGGAGUCGCUGAUCUUUUAUGAUGAUUUGAAGAACCUCCUGAAGACACCAUGA